CAAGGAAAGUAAAACGUGUUAUUUAUAAACAAUUUUCAUUUUUGUGAGUUUUCGGAAAGAAGUAUGUUAAGUUCUGUUCAAAUUAUUUAGUUUUCAGUUUAAUACAAUAUGUCACAACAAUUGGCCAUUACAAACUUUUUCAAGGCGAAAGUGCAUGGAUCUCCAAAUUUCGGGAAAAAUAUGGAUACUGUAAAAAGAAAGAAACGAAAUUUAAGUUUGGCUAAAGUUUCAACACCUACUGCAUCACCGAGCAAAAGGAAAAUUGAAGUUGAUAUAAGUACAUUUAGUGAUGAUGACGACUUUUGCACACCAGUUAAAUCAAAGGCUCUGAGCCUCUCACAGAGUUCUAAUGACAGCGAGAAAACCAUUAUAUAUACCCCAUCGCCGAAAACAUCCUUGCAGACACCCAAGAAAACCCCUAAGAGUUCUCCAAACCUUGGUUCAGCUUCCAAAUCUCAGACUCCAAGGCCCAAAGACAGAUUUUUCUCUCCAACAAAAAAUCGCAGUGUUAAAAAAAGGACGCCUGUAAAGAGCAAAAGAAAUUUGACCAGCUUGCUUGGAAAUGGAGAUUGUUUAGAAAAGUCUGUGGAACAAGUAUGCUUUGAAUAUGCAUGCGAAGGCAUGGAUGAUAAGACUGUAUUCUUGUUACAAAUAAUUAACAAAUACCUAAAUGAUAGUACAUUGAAGCCACUCCUAAACAGCAGAGCUCAACAAUUGCUACAAAGUAGCCAGUCAGUGGUAAAGCCGGGUAUGAAGCUAGUCUGCAGACUAUUCUGGCGCAAAGACCAAUGGUUCCGGAGGAAACAGAUCAUGGAGAUUGUCAGCGAGGAUAAGGAACCCUUGGAUGAUUCCAGUCUGGAAGAAAUGAUUCUUUCAUUGACUCAAAGAGCUUGGUUGAAAGAGAGUAACAACAGUAUGACUUUCAAAGAACUGUCAUUACUUUUGAAAGCUGAAGAACUGAAGUUAAUUUGCAAAGACUUGAAGCUGAAAGGAGGCACAAAGCAGGAGGCAAUUGAUUCAUUGUGGGGUUACAGCCGGCGCACAUCUAGUAUUUGCAGCUACUUCUCCAACGGCAAGGCUAGUGAUAACAGUGAAAGAGUUUUACAAAUUAUGAGAGAAAAAGCGGGCUCCUGUUAUAAGUUGUCAGAGGUUGCCAUAAAGACACUCAAUCAGCUCUAUGUGCUCAUGUACCUUGGCAUGGACUUUAGCCUCAUACGGGAAAAGAGAUUUGAACUGGCACUAAUCCACGAUAAAAUCGGUAGAGAGCCGUAUCCUGUGGAUCAGGAUAUGGAACUUGACAACGCUAGUGUAGUUUUUGAAAGCAAUGACGAAUUUGAAAGGUACAUGACUGCACAUAACGUGUAUGAGGAUUUUCUAGCUGAAACAUGCUCUGAUGAAAAGGCUGCCCUAGUCAAACAAGUUUAUCAGGUCUACAAAGCAAUAGACGACGAAGAAAUGUUACGGUACAAAGCCCUACCAAGUUGGCUCCGGCGUUUUACACCUGCUAAUCUCUACAUCAGAAUUCUAGACUCGGGCAUACAAGAUUUGAAGAAAACCAAAACUGUCGAGUCUUAUGAACUCGCAAUAGAAAUACUGAGCGGCUUGAUAGAGCAGACUGGUUUCCGACAGCAUAAGAAGGCGGACUGGUACGCGGAGAAGGCGUUGAUUCUUCAUGGCUUACCUGGGAGGUGUGAUGAGGCAGCUGAAGUCCUAAUAGAAGGCUUCAAGUCAAACUUAACCGACGAGGAAAAAGACAUAAUGCGCAACCGGGCCCUCAGGAUAGCGCGGCAGAAGUCAGUAAAGGUUAGCGAGCACUUGAAGGGAGAGCUGCUGGAACACGCCAGUAAAGACGCCAUACUUGAGAGGAAUAUCGACGCGGAACACAUCUACAAACAACCUAUGGAGAACACUUCAAAAGGCAAAGCAAGGUUUGAAACAAAAACUACAGAAGGCAGGGUUAUUCAAAGCGUAGAAGAGUACUGUAUUACCCAUUGCAUCAGUACUGGUGAAUUUACUCAUGGCGAGCACUGGGAAGGCCGUAUCGUGACAACGAUGUUCUUCCUCCUAUUCUGGGACAUCAUCUACUCGAAGCCGCGCGGCGUCCGCGGCGUCUUCCUCACGCGCUUCCAAGCGUUCCCGCUGGACCUGUUCUCUGACAGCUUCUACACCAACCGACAGGUGCUCAUCGAUGACAGGCUGCGGCUCAUUGAGAGUUCCACCGAGGAAGAGGUGUUGGAGAUGAUGGAGAAUACUUGGCGAGACAGGCCGGAAGGCGAGAUUUCCGGUAUAAACCGUGCAAUAGGCUGGGAGAGCAUCAGCGCGGUGGCGGCGUGCCUCGGGCCGCGCGCGCUGGCGGCGCUGCUGGCGCGGCCGGCGCGACACUACCGCUACGCGCGCAGCGGCUUCCCCGACGUCACCUUAUGGAACGUGCACACCAAACAGAUCAAGUUUGUAGAAGUAAAGAGCGACUCGGACCACCCGUCGAUGAAGCAGAUCCAGUGGAUGAACUACCUGCGCGAGCGCGGCAUCGACGCCGGGUUCUGUUACGUCGGCGCCAACACCACCCGGCAACGCGCCAGGGCGGGGAAGAAAUCACCUUAAACAUGCCA